GAAGAAUCAAAAGUGAAGAAUCAGAAGAAGAUGGGAAAAAGAGAUGUGGGAAAUAUGAAAAGAGUUGAGGGAUGGGGUGCGGGCUUUACCAGAAAGAAAAAGGAAUUGGAGGAUGGGGAAGAAGAACAUCACAGGUGAGGAUUAGUUUAGGUCUAGUUGUGGUGCGAUGGAUUAGUUAAUUCAGUCCAACAAAAAAAACUAUAUAUACAAUGCCUAAUUUUAAAAAGCCAGAAAGGCAAUUACUCAAGUUUGCGAAUCCAACAGUGUAAUUAUUGCACAGCCUCUCAAGCAAACCAAACCGAACUGACCCUCCCACUCAAUAUAAUCUCCCUCAUUCACCCUUUUCUCUUCAUCAGCCAAAAUAUGAAGGCUGUCUACUUUCUGCUUUCCUUUCUUCUCUUCUCUUCUUUCUCAUCAUUCUCUUCCGCUCUAACUGAUGCCGAAGUGUCCUCCAUUACUCGCCGCCAGCUCUUACAUUUUCACGAAAGCGAUGACCUACGCGAUGAAAAAGAAUAUGAGGUUGAGUUGAACGUAACUUUCCCUCACACCAGGCUUAGAUGUGCAUACAUUGCACUCCAAGCUUGGAAAAAGGCAAUUUACUCAGACCCUCUUAAAACAACUGAGAAUUGGGUUGGUGGUGAUGUUUGUGCUUAUAGCGGAGUGUUUUGUGCCCCGGCACUUGAUGACCCCAAAAUAGAGGUUGUGGCCGGCAUUGAUAUCAACCAUGCAGACAUUGUAGGAUACCUUCCGGUUGAAUUAGGCCUGCUGAGUGACAUUGCAUUGUUCCACAUCAACACUAACAGGUUUUGUGGUGUCAUUCCCGAGAGCUUUGCUAGGUUAACUCUUCUCCACGAGCUUGAUGUUAGCAACAACCAAUUCGUGGGAUCGUUCCCUGAAGUUGUUCUCAAAAUUCCCAACCUCAAGUACCUCGACCUCAGGUUUAAUGACUUUGAGGGAAAAUUGCCUCCUGAGCUUUUCAACAAGGAAUUGGAUGCUUUGUUCUUAAACAACAACAGGUUCACAUCCACCAUUCCUGACACACUUGGAAACUCCCCCGUCUCGGUUCUUGUGGUCUCCAACAAUCGUCUAGAAGGUUGCAUUCCUCACACCAUAGGAAAGAUGGUGAACACCUUGAAUGAGGUCAUCUUCUCUAACAACAAGUUUGGUGGGUGUUUGCCUAAUGAAAUCGGAUACCUCUCAAAUGUGACGGUGUUUGAUGUUAGCUCAAACACAUUCAGCGGGAUCAUGUCAAAAAAAUUCGAAGGCCUUCAAAAGGUGGAGGAGUUGAACAUUGCACAUAACAUGCUAACCGGGUUUGUUCCUGAGUGUUUAUGCAACUUGCCUAGCUUGGGAAAUUUCACAUUUUCCUACAACUACUUCAAUGGUGAGGCCAAAGAAUGUGUGCCGGUUUCUCAGAAGGACGUUGUGUUUGAAGACACAAGCAAUUGCUUGCCGGAUAGGCCUAAACAGAAGUCAGCAAAACAGUGUCAAGCUGUAGUGAGCAAGCCAGUGGAUUGUAGUAAGGCAAAGUGUGGAGGUGGACCAGGACCUUCAAAACCUUCCCUUCCUACGCCAAAACUGCAACCACCUAUUCACUCUCCACCACCACAUGUACAAAUGCCGCCAUUCCCUGCACCUUCAGGUCAAAGUCCAGUUGUUCCAAUUCACCCUAAGUCACCACUGGUUCAUUCGCCGCCACCACCACCACCAGUCCAUUCUCCUCCACCACCUGUAGCAACACCACCAUCACCCGCAUCUAUAGGGCAAAGUCCCGUUGUUCCAAUUCAACCUAAAUCACCCCUACCACUAAGGAAAACUCCUCCACCACCAUUAGUCAACUCACCCCCACCACCAAUUCACUCUCCCCCACCACCAGUGCAUUCACCCCCACCACCGGUCCACUCACCCCCACCACUAGUCCAUUCUCCGCAACCACCAGUUCACUCAUCCCCACCACUAGUCCAGUUACCUCCACCACCAAUCCAUUCUCCUCCACCCCAAGUUUACUCUCCUCCACCACCAGUCCACUCUCCACCUCCCCCUGUACAGUCACCUUCACCACCAGUCCACUCUCUUCCACCACUUGUGCACUCACCCCCACCACCAGUCCACUCACUGCCGUCGCCAAUCCAUUCUCCACCCCCACCAAUCCACUCUCCACCUCCCCCUGUACAGUCAUCUUCACCACCAGUCCACUCUCUUCCACCACCUAUGCACUCACCCCCACCACCAGUCCACUCACCACCGUCACCAAUCCACUCUCCACCACCUGUGCACUCUCCGCCACCACCAUUCCACUCUCCACCACCACCUGUGCACUCUCUGCCAUCGCCAGUGCACUCUCCACCCCCACCUGUGCACUCACCCCCACUACCAGUUCACUCACCUCCACCACCUGUUAACUCACCACCACCGCCUUCUCCUUGUCCUUCUCCUUCACCUCCUCCCUCCGUUUUCUCACCGCCUCCUCCAGAGCUCAGCUUUGUCCUGCCACCUACCUUCGGCUUCCAAUACUCCUCUCCACCUCCACCAAUGUUCCCAGGAUACUAAGCACUCUACAUUGCGACUCUUAUUUUUAUAAAUUUUACAGUCUCAGAGAAAUACACUUACCACUUUUAGUUAAUUAUAGCCUGUACUUCAUGACAUCAAAGUGUAUGUAAAUCUUCUGCAUAUGCUUGCUUGUUUCAAUA